AACUACUCGAAUUUAGUUACCAAAAGUACGCGAAAUUACUUAAAACCGGCUGAUAAUACUUUUGUACUACUCACAGAAUCAUUUUGGGGAGAAAAAUAAAGUGAGCCGAUUACCAGCCUUAUGCGGACGCGUUCUUUCAAUAAUCUACCUUUUCCAGGUCAACAUCAAUACCCAACAAGCGCUUAUGUAGAAGAAAAGCAGAAGGAAGAAAGUCAUUGUGAUAACAUGGUAUAAUAUUAGCUCCAAAAAAUAACUAGUGUUUAUCGAGUAGCUAUAUCGUAAAAGUAUAAACUGGACUUGUAAUAGCAGUUUAGUAAUUUGGCUCAUUUACUUCUUAAAACUGCAAAAUUUCUCUUUUAAUUACAGGAACAGCGUUAUUCUUCAGUCAUAAAAGGUGGUGCAAAAGCAAGAGCUAGAAAUAAGACGUAUACUAUCGAUGCAAUUGAGAAGAAAGAGAAUAAUAAACAGAAAGCAAAGGAAAGGAGGAAAAGUAUACUGACUGAUGAUGGAGUAAACCCAAUGAAAGUAUCAGUUAUUGAAAGAGAAAACCAAAAAUCAUUCAGAAGGGAACAAUUAUUAUCAUUCCUUCGUAAUUGGUCAGCAUUCGAUGAAGAACGAGGUGCACGUACAAUUAGAGAACAUAUGCAAAUACUGGCUAGUGGUGCGAAGUCAAAUUCAUUGAAUUAUGGUUAUGUUGGAAAGCCCUUAUAUGAAGGUUCUUUUGAUUACAAGAACAUCGUGGUGGAUUUGUUACAUAUGAAGUUUAGAAUCUGCGACAUUCUUUUAAAACACGCAAUGAAAGCUGCAUGUGAACUUAAAAAGGAUCCUGAUAAUAAAACAGCAAUCACAAUUGAUGCAGCUGAGACACAAUUAACAAAUGCAUAUACAUUUUUUACGGAGUUUGCCAAAGAAACAAAGGUAUGUUUGAUCUUACAGCAAAGACGGAACGUUUCUCCUUUGCAUGUGUUUUACUUAACGGGCGAGGCAAAAGUUCUGCAUUAAUUUUGUUUUCAUAUGGAGUCGGAAUAGAUUUGGCUGGACUUUUUAUGCAGACUAGUUGAAGAAAAAUCUCUUUUGCAAGUUACUUAUAAGCAUAAGGACAUGACUAAUUCGAAAAUAUCUCUGCUCAGGUCUUUUCCGUUACCGAGAUAAGAGACAUUAUUUCCUAAAAACUGACUCUU